GAAAAUGGCGGCUCGGCAGCGGCGGCAUCGAUCGCGUUAUGCAAAGUUGCCGCGGGACAACUUUUGUGAUGAGGAAGCUCAGAAGGCGAUUGGCGCACCUUCUUUUACGACUUCCAUGGAAUGGGACACGCUGGUAGUGAAGGGGUCCUCGCCGCUCGGCCUCGCGGGGCUGGAGGCCGAGGAGCCGCUAGGCGGUCCGCGGCUGCCUGCUUGGUUGCAGCCGGAUCGGUGCGCGGUGUUCCAGUGCGCCCAGUGCCACUCCGUGCUCGCUGACUCGGUGCACCUCGCUUGGGACCUGUCGCGGGUGCUGGGGGCCGUGGUUUUCUCCAGAGUCACGAAUAACGUCAUUUUAGAAGCGCCCUUAUUAGUUGGCAUUGAAGGUUCGCUCAAAGGCAGCACUUACAACCUCUUAUGCUGCAAUUUCUGUGAGAUUCCCAUUGGUUUCCAUCUAUAUUCUACCCAUGCUGCCCUGGCUGCCGUGAGAGGUCACUUCUGCCUUUCCACUGACAAAAUGGUGUGCUAUCUCUUAAAAACAAAAGCCAUGGUGAAUGCAUCUGAAAUAGAAAUUCACAACAUACCUCUAUCAGAAAAGAUUACAGAGCUCAAAGAGAAGAUAAUGCUAACACAUACUCGCUUAAAUUCACUAAUGAAGCUUCUGAAGGAAGUGACUUCUGACCAGUCCAAGCCAGAAAACUAAUCCAGAACCAGGGCUUCAGUAUCAGAUUCAGGCUUUAUUGUGAUCUUCAACAACAGGUGCUGCCUGAUCAUUUCUCAAGAAUGGUUGACUCAAGAAUGAGAGGAAAAUGUGGUUUAUUAUGUUUACCUCCAGGCUGAUUUUCCAAAUGAUUUAUGAAUCUAUCACUAGAAGAAGAGAAACUAAGGAGCCUGUUGUUAAGGUUUCAUAGCUAUUUGCCUUAAGAACUUAUGUUAGGUUUUUAUCUGUUUCAUAAUAUGUAUUUCUGAAAAUAUCUUUGCCUAUAAAUUUUGGGAUUAGGAGGCAGUAUAUCGUUUGUGUUCUGAUUGACAGACACAUGGUUGGUCUGACAAGAGUUGGAUUUAAUGUUGUCUACUAUUAUUCCUACAUGGAACAAUAUUAUAUGAAUACUGAUAAAUCAUUUUUUUCUUAUGUAAAAUGCAUAUUCUUUAGGGAAUGUUCAAUAGAUUUACUGGAUAAUACAAAAUUUAUCUCUCUUUUCAGUGUCUGUUUAUCAGUCUAAUAAUAAAAGGAAUGAUAAAACAUUAAACAUUCACUGAAAUGCUG